UAUAUGUCCAAGAAAUCCAUGCCAUUGUCCACCAAUUUCCCAGCAAAUUAAACACAACUAUACCAGUGUCAUGGCUACAACAUUUGAUCAUCCAAAUUCUUUCAUUGCCAUUUUCCUCUUUUUCUGUCUUAUCCAAAUAACCUUUUCGAACCCGUUAUCAGAUGAUUCAGAUCAUCCAAUGACAUUCAUUGUUCACAUGACAAAACAACACAAACCACUUCUCUUCACCUCUCAAUUCCACUGGUACAAUUCCAUCAUAAAAUCUCUACCUAUUUCUCGUCACCCUUCCAUGCUCCUAUACACAUAUGAGAGAGUUGCUAAUGGCUUUGCCGUAAGCCUUACUCCUUCCCAAGCUGCAAAGCUUGAAGAUAUUCCUGGAGUUCUUUCUGUCAUGCCUGACGAAGCCCAAGAACUGCAUAUCACACAUACAUACCGAUUUUUAGGACUCUCCCCCGACUCCGGUCUUUGGCCUUCUUCCAACUACGGCGAAGACAUCAUCAUCGGAGUUUUUGAUACCGGGAUUUGGCCCGAGCACCGGAGCUUCUCCGAUGCAGGAUUGUCUCCGGUUCCAUCCAGUUGGAAAGGCACAUGCGAGACAUGGAAUGACUUUCCAGCUUCAUCUUGUAACCGAAAAAUCAUCGGUGCAAGGUCAUUCCUUGCAGGACAUUACAUGUCUAAUUUAGCUGGAUCAACGUUAAACCUAUCAGCAAUUACAAAUUCCCCAAGAGACACAUAUGGCCAUGGGACUCAUACGACUUCAACGGCUGCAGGAUCCGUGGUCUCAAACGCAAGCUUUUAUGGGUACGCCAAAGGGGAAGCCAUAGGCAUCGCCACGAAAGCUCGCAUAGCCGUGUACAAAGUUUGCGCGACGAAAAAAGUGUGCAGAGUUGCUGACAUCUUGGCCGGAAUGGACCAAGCGGUUGCCGAUGGAGUCGACAUAAUAUCCAUGUCCUUAUCUGGAGGAACUAAGCCGUACUAUCGAGAUAAUAUAGCUAUUGCGACAUUUGGUGCUAUGCAACACGGUAUUCUAGUAUCCGUCUCUGGAGGAAACCAGGGACCUACGCGCUCUACCGUCAACCAUCUCCCUCCUUGGGUACUUACCGUCGGCGCUUCCAGCGUCGAUAGGGAGUUUCGUGCUGACGUGGUUCUCGGCGAUAAUAGAACUUUUCUCGGAGCAUCCCUCUAUCCUGGACCUUUUUUCCCAUUCACCGAUCAGUAUGAACUAGUCUACGGAGGCGAUUUUGGGAAUGUCUUUUGCAAAGUCGGCCAAUUCAACAAGCAAGACCAACUGGCUGGCAAAAUCAUUGUUUGUGAACAAGGGGAUACUAGUAGUAGCGAUAUGGCGUAUGCGGUGGCAAAUGUUACCGGCCGUGGAGCGAUAAUAUUGAAUAACAGAAAGUACGGGGAAGAGCUUCGAGCUGAGCAACACCGUUGGCCAGCAACUCGGGUGAGUAUGACUGAUGGAAAUGAAAUAAAAAGGUACCUCCAAUCGAGCGAAAAUCCUACUGCAAACAUUUUGUUCCGUGGAACCGUGAAUGGGAGUACUUUUCCUCCUGCUCCAAAAGUUGCUACCUUUUCUAGCCGUGGCCCGAACCCGCUCACGCCUCAAAUUCUCAAACCCGACGUUAUAGCUCCGGGUCUCAACAUCUUAGCUGCUUGGACUAAUGCCACCGGUCCGCGGGGGGGUAACGAUCCCAGACGUGUUGAGUUCAAUGUAAUCUCAGGAACUUCAAUGGCUUGUCCACACGUCAGUGGUAUCAGUGCUUUGCUUAAAAAGGCCUACCCUAGUUGGUCACCGGCUGCUAUAAAAUCUGCCCUCAUGACAACUGCUUACAAUCUUGAUAAUUCUGGGCAGAGAUUAAAAGAUCUCGCAACGGGGAAGACGUCGACGCCUUUUGCUCAUGGCUCUGGUCAUGUGGACCCGAGUAGAGCUCUUGAUCCGGGUUUGAUAUAUGACAUGAGUGUCACUGAUUAUGUCGGGUUCCUUUGCUCUAUUGGCUAUAGUUCAAAACUUAUAAGUAUAUUUUUUACACAAACGGUUAGUCCGAAAAUUUGUGAAGAGACGUAUGCCGCACUUGGGGCUAGAGUUACACCCGGGGAUCUAAACCUUCCAUCGUUUUCCGUGGUUUUCAAGAAUGAUCAAGUAGAGACAGUAAAGUAUAGGAGAACUGUUACAAAUGUGGGAACCAAUGUCGACGCCGUUUAUUCUGCGACCGGGGUUCAACCUGCUGGUGUUAAAAUCACUGUCUCACCAAAGAAGCUUGUGUUCGACGCAAAUAAUCUGACACAAACAUAUGAGAUUACAUUCUCGCCGACUGGUGGGCACGGUAAGCUCGCGAGAUUUGGUUGGAUUCAGUGGAGCGACGGGAUUCAUAGUGUCAGGAGCACAAUUGCUUUUAGUUGGGUUCGUGCAACUACCGACAAUGUGGCUUCCAUAUGAUGAACUCUAUGAUUUGCGCCCUCGAACAUGAAGUUGGUUGUGAUUUUCGGGCUUGUUCAUAAAGAAUUACAUAUUCAUCAAGUUUGUUUCACGUUAAAUAUCUAGUACUUAUCGAAAAAUAACUCGGAGCUGCACUACUAGUAUGCUCCGGCCUAUAUUAAUUCCAAGGGAAUUGAUGAAAGCACUUAAGACUGUGUCGUAUUAAUGUUGUUAAAUCUUUCGAUGGUUUUUCCUUCUUUGCUGUCGUUGGUGUUUUUACUGGUUUAAUUUUCGAACU